CUUUCCUCAGCAUAUGUGACAAACAAAUUGUUAGGGUUUUUGAUCUUAAUCAUCGUGCUAUAGAGAGAGAGAGAGAGAGAGAGAGCAAUGGAAGCCAUAACGGAGGGAGUGAACAACAUCAACAUCUCCGAUUCCUAUAAGAAGAAUCGCAUUCAGGUCUCCAACACUAAGAAGCCCCUCUUCUUCUACGUUAAUCUCGCCAAGAGAUAUAUGCAACAGCAUAAUGAGGUCGAGCUCUCAGCACUAGGAAUGGCUAUUGCCACAGUGGUAACUGUCGCUGAAAUUUUGAAAAAUAAUGGGCUUGCUGUUGAAAAGAAAAUCAUGACAUCAACUGUUGACAUCAAGGAUGAUUCUAGAGGUAGACCUGUUCAGAAGGCCAAGAUUGAAAUAAUACUUGGGAAGACAGCAAAUUUCGAUGAGUUGAUGGCUGCUGCGGCUGCUGAAGAUGGUGAAAAUGGAGAUAUUGAAGAGCAGAGCGCUUGAAGUUCGCCAAACAUUCACCUGAAUCGGCUGAAGAAAUAUGUACUCGUUUAAAGAUUUGCAUAUUUGUUGUUGCGAGGUAGAGGACAUGUCUUAUGGACUGACCUGGAAUACUUAACAUCUAAAUUCCUUUGUUUAUUUACACCAUAAAAUAGGCUUUUUCUGUUUUUAUUCACGCUGGUUAAAAUGAAAUA